GCUCUAGGCCCGGGCGGCCGUCUCGAUGACCGCGGGGGCGGUGCGCCGCUUGGGGCGCGUUGAUCGCGGCUGUCUGGCCUGCGCCGGGCUGUCGCAGCGCCAUGGCUUCCCCCAGAGGCCCUUCUGUCCUGAGCUGGGAGGACACACACAACUCGACCCUCCCAGCUAGCACCUGCUGACUGACCCAAAACUGCUGAAAACCCAGCUUCCCAACAUCUGGACAAUGUGGCUCCGGUGAAAUUCCCAUCUCGAGUGAACCGGACACCCCAUACAGGCAGUAGAAUGUGAGCUUACUCUUCAAGCUGUACUGCCUGACUGUGAUGACCCUGGUGGCCGCAGCAUACACAGUAGCGUUAAGAUACACGAGGACAGCAGACAAAGACCUCUACUUCUCCACCACAGCCGUGUGCAUCACAGAAGUGAUAAAGUUAUUAUUAAGUGCUGGACUUUUAGCUAAGGAAACUGGUAGUGUGGGUAGAUUCAAGGCAUCUGUAAGUGAGAACGUCUUGGGGAGCCCCAAGGACCUGGUGAAGCUAAGUGUGCCGUCGUUGGUCUAUGCUGUUCAGAACAACAUGGCUUUCCUGGCGCUCAGUAACCUGGACGCAGCAGUGUACCAGGUGACUUACCAACUCAAGAUUCCUUGUACUGCCUUAUGUACUGUUUUAAUGUUAAAUCGGACACUCAGCAAAUUACAGUGGUUUUCAGUUUUCAUGCUGUGUGGUGGGGUCACACUUGUACAGUGGAAACCAGCCCAAGCGACAAAAGUUGUGGUGGAACAGAAUCCAUUGUUAGGCUUUGGUGCCAUUGCUGUUGCUGUGCUGUGCUCAGGAUUUGCAGGAGUUUACUUUGAAAAAGUUUUAAAGAGUUCAGACACUUCCCUUUGGGUGAGAAACAUUCAGAUGUAUCUGUCAGGGAUUGUUGUGACAUUAGUUGGCGCCUACUUAUCAGAUGGAGCUGAAAUUAAAGAAAAAGGAUUUUUCUAUGGUUACACAUAUUAUGUCUGGUUUGUCAUCUUUCUUGCAAGUGUUGGUGGUCUGUAUACCUCCAUCGUGGUGAAGUACACAGACAACAUUAUGAAGGGCUUUUCUGCAGCGGCAGCCAUUGUACUCUCUACCAUCGCCUCCGUGGUGCUGUUUGGAUUACAGAUAACAUCUACGUUUGCACUGGGAGCCCUUCUUGUAUGUGUGUCCAUUUACCUCUAUGGACUACCCAGACAGGAAACUACAUCUAUCCAACAAGGAGAAACAACUUCAAAAGAGAGACUCAUUGGUGUGUGAUUUGAGUCCUAGGGAUUCCUAUGUGACUAAACUGCAGACCUUGAACUGGAGCCUUAAGUCAAUCCUAGGAGGUAGCUGAACAUCAACAAGCUAACUGUGGCCAAAGAAUUAAGGAGGAAGCAUGUGGUGCAAUGCGAAUACAGAGAUUCAGUGUGGACCUGUUUGAGGCCAAGCUCGAUUAUUUCAGAAUGAAGGAAUUUUACUGUUGUGCACACACACACACACACACAAUGUACAAUGAAAGUAAUGAGAGUGAUAUGAUAGUAGAACAAUCAUGUGAAGCAACAAUAUUCAAGAAACAAGGCUGAGGGCAGUGUUUGAGGAUUAAAGUGCCAAAGCCAUUUCUGUAUUAACUGUUCUCUUGUGUAAGUACCAGGGGAGAAGGAUGGUCCUUCUUUGUUCUCCAGUUCAUGUACAGUAUUUUGUCCCAGGAGUAGUACAGACCUAGCUCCCUUUUUUUUUUUUUUUUUUUUAUAAAAGCAAGGCAGAUACAAGACUAGUUAAAAAACAAACUGAAUGUGUAACUUCUUAAACAGAACCUAUUUCAUAACUUAGCAACUUCUGGGUGAUGACUAAGAACUCAGUGCUGUGUUUGUGCCAUUUAUUGUUUGGUUCAUAUUUCCUUGCUGUUAGCUGAUACACAUCAAAAAAAUUUCCAAAUCACUUUUAUACUUUUUUUUAUAAAGUAUGAUUAACUGUUGGGCUCUCUAUUUGUGAAUUUCAGUGUGUCUUUUAAAUAAAAUUUCUAUAAUCCUAAUGGGGAAAUCAAGCAAUAAACUUAUUUAUAUGAA